UUGAUUCUGUCCAUUUUUCUUCUACCCUCCCUCCAUUGCUCUUUUCGGUCACGCAAAAAUACAGAAAAGCAUAUGCCAUUGGCAACAAUAAUGUUGCCCGCAGGCCUUGCAUCCCUGCUCCUCAUGUCAAUGGUCUGCCUGUGUCGCCUUCCUUAUUCAUUCGCGGUGGAACCUUAUUCUGAAGACCUGGCUCGCCAAGCUGCUGUUUUCUCUUCCAUCGCCUAUGGAGAUCCGUUUCUUGUCAGCCAAAACAAAUUUUACAACAGCUCCUGCCAGCUUCCUGGCUUCACCGUUCUACAUACAUAUCAAUCCCAGCCGUUGGAUCAUGAUGCCUUUGGUUACAUCGGUGUGGACAAAGAGGAGAAGCUGGUGGUAGUCGCUUUCAAGGGGAGCAAUGACACGGAGGACUAUAUCACGGAUCUAAUCGGAUCGCUGCACUAUCACUUCUCAUGCGUUAUCGAAGGCGUAGAUUUAGGACACACGCACCACGGAUUUUGUGCGUUUUAUACUUCAUUGGUGACGUUGGGGUUGGCGGAGGAGGUCGCCGCCUUGGCGGCGCGAAUGGGAGAGGAGUACACUGUGCUCGUGACUGGCCACUCUUUGGGUGGCGGGGUGGCAUCCCUCUGCGCCGUGGACCUGGGCAAGCGCCUGAACGUAUCCUCCCUGCUUUAUACCUUCGGGGAACCCCGUGCCGGGGACGUUGGGUUCGCAACGGCUGUCGCGGAAUAUACCCGGGGUAGCUACCGCCUGGUCCACGCCUCGGACUGCGUCCCACAUUUGCCGCCUUGUUGUGGUGGAGUGGAUGGGGGGCAUUGCGCGGAGGUGGCGGACUGCCCUUUCCACCAUGGGCAAGAAAUUUGGUACGACGACGACAUGAGCGUGGGGGCACAAUACGUGGCAUGUCCCGGGGAUGAGGAUGAGGAUGUGUGUAGCAACGGCUCGAUAAGCAGCGUGGAGGACCACCAUUACUACUUCGGGGAGAGGCUCGGAACCUGGUGCUGCUUUCCACCGCCUCCGUCCGAGAGGUCUUCUGAGAUGGAGAGAAAGCAUACAAUGAUUGAGCAGAGAAUCAAGACCUUGGAGAGUCAUGGUCGAAUGUCGAGGAGCGAGGCGGAGAGAACGGGAGUUACAGCUGUGGUAUGAUAAAUCAUAUGGUUAAGAUGUGUACGAAGGAACUGUGGAAAGAAGAGGGAGCUCAUCGUUUUCUAAAGGAAAAAGAAAAGCCAAGCCGUGUUCGC